AUGGUUGUCCGUGGGGUACUUGGUAUUCCAAAAGUACUGUCUACUCUCCGUUUUAGCCACCCGGGCCUGGAAGAGGAUUCGGAGCGAGUGUCCAUGACCAGCCCAUUUGCAAGAUCGGUGUUAGUCAAAGCUUCCAUUAACUUCGUCGCGGUUUCCGGACUGACGUUGCUCUUUCCCCAACACAUUCUGCUCGUCAACGUCAUUACCCCGCCAAAACAGCAGCUUUACCACGGUGAGGGCUCUUGCGUCUGUGCGGAGCAAGCCACCUGCUCGUGCGGAAAGCAAUCCGCCCUUCACUGCACCUGCGACAAGGCCCCUGCUGAGAACAGCAUCACCGGACCUAGCUGUUCCUGCGGCGCUCGCCCUGUAGGCAAAUGUACCUGCGCCAAUGCCGCCUCGGAGAACCAGAAGCCCGCUGGCUCAACCUGCAGCUGCGGUGCUAGGCCUGCUGGCUCUUGCACUUGCCACAACACCGCCAACGAAAUCGACUUCACGACCAAGAAAUAA